GCUUCUCCGGGACCAGGUGCCCCUGGUAGCCUCCUUCCUGGGAAACCUGCUUGGCACCUCUACAAGCCCCUUGGUACCCACGGGCCUCCUGCACCCCAGGCAUGUGCCCCUUCUCCUCCAGCUUCAGGUGUGGGGUGUGCCCCGACACCCCCACACCGUGCCACACCUCAGUGGCUGUCUGUCCUUCCUGGUCUGCCUACCCACCCCGAUGGUCGGUGCCUGGCUACCAUGGGCCCCUCUGGUGCCAGCCAGAUGAGGUGCCCGGUGGGUGGGGGAAAGAAUGGGGGCCUUCCAGGGCCAGCCCUGCUGUCCGCUUGCAGAAAGAAGUCGAGGAGACACUCACCACCAACGUCUGGAUAGAGCACGGCUGGACAGACAGCCGGCUGCAGUGGAAUGCCAGCAAGUUCGGGAACAUCAGCGUGCUGCGCCUGCCCGCCGACAUGGUGUGGCUCCCGGAGAUUGUGCUGGAGAACAACAAUGACGGCUCCUUCCGGAUUUCCUACUCCUGCAACGUGCUGGUCUACGACUCUGGCUAUGUGUACUGGCUGCCGCCCGCCAUCUUCCGCUCCUCCUGCCCCAUCUCAGUCACCUACUUCCCCUUCGACUGGCAGAACUGCUCCCUCAAAUUCAGGUGCACCCCGUCUUCUAGCUGCCCUCCCCCAGGCGCCCUGCCACAGCUGCCUCCGGCACAGGCCCCGGCUUGUCCUGCUCAGAACGGCCCUCUUUCCACGGCCUCCUUGUCCCCUGCUGGUGGCCAAGGGUCACCUCUGCCCAUCGCUGUCCCCAGCUCACUCAAGUACACAGCCAAGGAGAUCACGCUGAGCCUGAAGCAGGAGGAGGAAGACGGCCGUGCCUACCCGGUGGAGUGGGUCAUCAUCGACCCCGAGGGCUUCACAGAGAACGGGGAGUGGGAGAUCGUUCACCGGCCAGCCAGGAUCAACGUGGACCCCAGUGCCCCGCUGGACAGCACAGGCCACCAGGACGUCACCUUCUACCUCAUCAUCCGCCGCAAGCCGCUCUUCUACAUCAUCAACAUCCUGGUGCCCUGCGUGCUCAUCUCCUUCAUGGUCAACCUGGUCUUCUACCUGCCAGCUGACAGUGGCGAGAAGACGUCGGUGGCCAUCUCAGUGCUGCUGGCCCAGUCUGUCUUCCUGCUGCUCAUCUCCAAGCGGCUGCCCGCCACCUCCAUAGCCAUCCCGCUCAUCGGCAAGUUCCUGCUCUUCGGCAUGGUGCUGGUGGCCAUGGUCGUGGUGAUCUGCGUCAUCGUGCUCAACAUCCACUUCCGGACACCCAGCACCCACGUGCUGUCCGAGGGCGUCAAGAAGAUCUUCCUGGAGACCCUGCCGGAGCUCCUGCACAUGUCCCGGCCCGCAGAGGAGGGACCCAGCCCCGGGGCCUUGGUCCGGAGAAGCAGCUCCCUGGGCUACAUCUCCAAGGCAGAGGAGUAUUUCUCACUCAAGUCCCGCAGCGACCUCAUGUUUGAGAAGCAGUCAGAGCGGCACGGGCUGGCCCGGCGCCUCACCACGGCACGCCAGCUCCCGGCAAGUUCUGAGCAGGCCCAGCAGGAACUCUUCAACGAGCUUAAGCCAGCUGUGGAUGGGGCCAACUUCAUCGUCAACCACAUGAAGGACCAGAACAAUUACAAUGAUGAGAAGGACAGCUGGAAUCAGGUGGCCCGCACGGUGGACCGCCUCUGCCUGUUCGUGGUGACGCCCGUCAUGGUGGUGGGCACGGCCUGGAUCUUUCUUCAGGGCGCCUACAACCAGCCCCCACCGCAGCCUUUCCCUGGGGACCCCUUCUCCUAUGAUGAGCGGGACCGGCGCUUCAUCUAGCCACAGCAAGGGUGCACCUGGAAGAGUGGCUCUUUGCAGAGGCGGCGCCCAUCCCUGAGCUGAGUGAUGCACGCCUGUCAUCCCAGCACCUGGGAGGCUGAGGCAGGGGGAUCACUGUGAGUUCAAGGCCAGCCUGAGCUACAUAGAGACCCUGUCUCAAAACAAACAAAAGAUCCCCAUGGCGCUUGUCUCACUCAUUCUCCCUCACGUGAUUGGAUGUAACGCUUGGGGAAGCUGGGGUGCGUGGCUGGCAGCCACACGUGUGAAUGUGGAGGCGACCCCUCCCCAAAGGGCCCCCACAUGGGGUCACAGCCCCCACAAGUCCCUAAACUAGAGCCGACCAUGGAGGCUGCUCCUGGAUUCCAGACCCUCAGAAACUGCGAGAGAAAAUAAAUGCUUUGUUUUAGUGACA